AUGGCAUCCCUGAUCAUGAAAGAAGAAAUAAUACUCGGACAUAGUGUGUAUUAUCGACUUGGAGUGGGGCUUGAGACUGCUGGCAUGCUAAAAGCUACUCCACCGGGUCGGUUGAUUUGCCUAGUGGGCGGGUUCUUUUUGAGCAUGGGUGAGGAGAAGGCUCCGGUGGCUACUACGAAGCGUGUCAGACAGAAACAGCCUGGUAGAUUAUACGUGAAGGCUGUUUUCACUGGCUACCGUCGUGGUCUUAGGAAUCAGCACGAAAAGACGGCUCUUCUUAAGAUUGACGGUGUUAACACAGCUAAAGAAACUGAAUUCUACAUGGGCAAACGAUGUGCUUACGUUUAUCGCGCCCAGAAGAAGAAGCAUUUGCCGCGGAGACACAAUCCUACCAGGAUACGCGUUAUCUGGGGCAAAGUGAUUAAACCACACGGUCGGAGCGGAGCGGUUCGUGCCCAAUUCAAACGUAACUUACCUGCUAAGGCCAUGGGUAAACGGAUCCGGGUUAUGCUGUACCCGUCUCGUGUGUAA